AUGCAGCCACCUCUGCUCAUGCUCCUGCUGGCCUUUUUCCUACUCCCCAGCGUGAAGGCAGGUGAGAUCAUCGGGGGACAUGAAUCCAAACCCCACUUCCGACCCUACAUGGCCUACCUUAGCAUUAAAAAUGAGAAGUCAUGCUGGUGUGGCGGUGUCCUUGUGAAAAACAACUUUGUUCUGACAGCUGCUCACUGUCAUAGAAGAUCAAUCAAUGUAACCCUGGGGGCCCACAACAUCAAGGAGAAGGAGAAGACUUGGCAGGAAAUCCCAGUGAGAAGAGCCAUCCUCCACCCAGACUAUAAUGAGAAUAAAAUCUCCAAUGACAUCAUGUUACUGCAGCUGGAGAAAAACAUCAAGCAAACUGAGGCUGUGAAGCCCCUCCUGCUGCCCAGGGGCAAGGACCUGCCAAGUCCAGGAGAUAACUGCAUUGUGGCCGGCUGGGGGCGGGUCACCAGUGGGGGUCCUUGCUCAGACACUCUGCAGGAGGUAGAGCUGACCAUGCAGGAAGAUUACGAGUGUGAAAGGCAAUAUAAAAAUUACAACAGUACCAUUCAACUGUGUGUGGGAAACCCAAAAGAAAAUAAGGCUUCCUUUAAGGGGGACUCUGGGGGACCACUCCUGUGUAAAAAUAAGAUCCAUGGCAUUGUCUCCUAUGGAAACAAGUAUGGGAAACCACCGAGAGUCUUCACCAAAGUCGCCAGUUUCCUUCCUUGGAUAAGAGAAACCAUGAAAAGCCUCCAACUGCAGGACCCAGAACAUCUUCUCUGGAGCUAA